AUGAACGGCCAGCCGAUGCACGGCGCUGGCUUCGAUCGCGACCGCGAUCGCGACCGUGAGAUUGAAGAGCAGCGUCACCGAGCUCUUCAACAACAGGACGAGAUGGCGCACCGAGAACGUGAGCGUGAGCGCGAACAGUAUCCUCCUGGUGCACCACCGCACCACAGCAGUGCCGGGUCGAUCCCCAUCCACCAGCCGGUAGCAUCGAGAAUACCUGGGGCUAUCCACAGUCCUGGUGGGCUGUUGGCAAACCAUGGUGGUGGCCCGAACAUUCCCCUUGGCCCUCCGUCCGGACCGCCGCCUCCUGCUGCAAACUUUGGCCCUCCGCUGUCGAACGAAUCGAGUCGGCAGAUGCAACACGGCGGCCAAGCUGGCCCGCCGCCCUCCCAACAACACAUGUUUGCCCCCAUGCCGCACGGCCCUGUGCCGCCCAGCAACUCCCUGGGAGCUUCAAACGGACCAGGAGCUGCUUUCGGUGGCCCCCCACAACCCGAGCAUGGCCGUGGUGUUCAACAGAUCCCCUUUGGAGGAAGCAACGUACCCCCAGCCCCUCAAGGGCCCAAUGGCCAAGGAGGUUUGUCGCAGGGCCAGCAGCCCAUCCUCAACGAUGCCUUGAGCUAUCUUGACCAGGUCAAGGUUCAAUUUCAUGAGCAGCCCGAUGUCUACAAUCGCUUCUUGGAUAUCAUGAAAGAUUUCAAGAGCCAGACUAUCGACACACCUGGCGUCAUCAGCCGCGUUUCAGAUCUUUUCGCAGGCCACCCGAACCUGAUCCAGGGCUUCAACACCUUCCUCCCCCCGGGCUAUAGGAUCGAGUGCGGUCUCGAGAAUAACCCGAAUAGCAUUCGGGUCACGACCCCUUCGGGAUCUACAAUUCAUUCUAUCGGCCCUGCGAGAAAUCUGCAGGCCGAAGGAACCCAGGGCCCUCCCGGCCCUAGCCAGCCGUACAUGGGCCAGCAGCGGCCUGCGAACUGGCAGGUUCCCAUGCAGCACAGUGUCGAGAGCCCCGAGGCUCAAUUCAGUGCUCCUGUUCAUGGCGGCCCAGGCCCCCAUCCCAACCCAGUCCCAAGAAAUGCGCACACUCCGACACCGUCGGCGGCACAGGGUGCCCUCAAUGGAAAUGCUGCCCAGCAAGCGAACAUGGAUGCGAAGCGUGGCCCCGUUGAGUUUAACCAUGCUAUCAGCUACGUGAAUAAGAUCAAGAACCGGUUCCAGGACAAGCCCGAGAUCUACAAGCAGUUCCUCGAGAUUUUGCAGACGUAUCAGCGGGAGCAGAAGCCCAUCCAAGAAGUGUAUGCGCAGGUUACCACCCUGUUCAACAGCGCGCCGGACCUCCUGGAAGACUUCAAGCAAUUCCUCCCAGAAUCAGCAGCUCACGCGAGAGCCGCCGCUGCAGGGCGUCCGAGCGAGGAGGGCCUUCCGCAAAGUAGCACUCCGCAAAGCGCUCAGCCCAGCCAUCUGGGGCGUGACUUCAGCAAAGGACCGCCGGUCGGCACGUUCGCGCCUCCAUCGAGCGCCAGCAAGGAGUCCAAAAAGAGACCCAAGACCGAGAAGCAAGCCCCUGUGCCACCUCCGGUUCUGGAGCCGAUGAACUCGUCUGUUCGCAAUACACUGCCCGGUGGUUCAGGCAGCAACAAGCGAGCGAAGCUCUCACACAAACCUACCGCUGAGGGUCCAUCGAUCGAGCCAACCCUUACCCCUGUUAUGCCGGAGCCUCUCGCCGGAUCCGCCUACACCGACGAUGUCACUGAAGCCCUCAACUUCUUUGACAAGGUCAAGAAGUACGUCAACAACCGCACGACGACCAUCGAGUUCCAGAAGCUUCUCAACCUUUACACAAGUGAUCUGAUCAGCCUGAACGAUCUCGUCACUAAGGCCUACCACUUUAUCGGGGGCAAUCCGGAGCUGUUUACCUAUUUCAAGUCUAUGGUUGGCUACACGGGUGACGACGAGCAGAUCAAGAACACUCCUCUUCCCCCAGAUGAGCGCGUUUCCCUCAGCAACUGCCGUGGCUACGGUCCUAGUUAUCGCCUUCUGCCCAAGCGAGAGCGCCUCAAGCCGUGCAGUGGUCGUGAUGAGCUGUGCCGUUCCGUCCUCAACGACGCGUGGGCCUCGCACCCGACAUGGGCCUCCGAGGAUAGCGGUUUUGUCGCUCACAGGAAGAAUGCCUUUGAGGAAGGCCUUCACCGUAUCGAGGAGGAGCGUCAUGACUAUGACUUCCACAUCGAGCUCAACCAGAAAUGCAUCCAGCUUUUGGAGCCUAUUGCGCAACAGAUGCUGACAAUGACCCCAGAGGAGCGAAAGCACUUCCGCAUGCCUCCUGGUCUUGGCGGCCAGUCGACCUCAAUCUACAAGCGCGUCUUCAAGAAGAUCUACGGUCUCGAGCAUGGCCCCAAGGUCACUAACGAGCUCUUUAUGGACCCGUUCGUCGUUGUCCCUGUUGUCUUGGCCCGAAUGAGACAAAAGGACGAAGAAUGGCGCUUCUCUCAGCGCGAGUGGGAGAAGAUCUGGCUUGCACAGACCGAGGCUAUGCACUUGAAGAGUCUCGACCAUAUGGGCAUCCAGGUCAAGUCGAACGACAAGCGCAUGUUCUCUGCCAAACACCUCGUUGACCUGAUCAAGACGAAACAUGAGGAGCUUCGCAGGGCACGAGCCCUGAAGCUGAAAUCCACUCGCCACCAGUUCCUAUGGACCUUCCCCGACCAGGACCUGCUCCUUGAUCUUCUUCGCUUCAUGGUCCUGUAUGUGAUGCACAGUGGACAGCACGGAGCUGCUGAGAAGGAGCGCAUCUUGGACUUCUUCGAGACCUUCGUGCCCCAAUUCUUCGAUCUGCCAGAGGAUCAGGUCCAGCAGCGCCUUGCUGACAUUGACCGCGACUCCGGCGAGGAGGACGAGGACCCCACGCCCGCCGAGCUUGUCAAUGGACGGAGCCGACGCAAUGGCAAGAAGUCAGAUCUGCUCCGCGGCGUUCUCGACCCCGGCCGAAACAGCAGCAAGUCCCGAAAUCAGAAAGAGGGCAGCGCCGCUUCGGGAUCGAAAGAGACGACCCCGGAUAACGGCUCAGCAAACGAGGAAGAGAUGGCCGACGCGCCUGAAGAGACUGCCGUUCCAGACGUGUCAAACGAGCGAUGGCUCCCCACUGUGCCUCGCCCUACCGUCAUCGCCGGCGAGAACCCCUUCCUUGACUCGGACAAUGAACUCAAGGCAGAUGGUUUCUUCCCGCGCACCUGGUACAACUUCUUCUGCAAUCAGUCCAUCUACAUCUUCUUCUUCGUCUUCCAUGCCCUCUACCAGCGUCUCAAAGAUGUCAAAGAGAACAAGAAGACUGUCCUCGAGGAAAUCGAGCGCGCGUCAGCGGAGACCCCAGCCAAGAAGCUCAACAUGGUUUCCUCCGAGCCCAAGUACUUUGAGGAUAUCAAUACCGAUACCUUCUGGCCCCGCACAAUCGAGUUGAUCGAGGACUUCAUUGCCGGCGACUUGGACGAGAGCUCGUACCAGGACGUCCUCCGUCAUUAUUACCUGACGACGGGCUGGAAGUUAUACUCGAUGCCCGAUCUUCUCAGGAUUCUCUGCCGCCAAGCCCUGUCAUGUAACAACUCCGACUCCAAGGAGAAGACGGCAGAGCUGGUCACGCAGUUCCUCAACAACAGGCAACAGGAGGAGACCAGCUACCAGACCGAGAUCAGCGCUCGAAAGUUUGCAGAGAAGUGUGUCAAGGACGGCGACAUGUUCAACUUGUGCCUAGUUCCCAGCAAGAAUGAGGUCUCAGUCAGGUGGCUACCCAAGAACGAGGCCACGUUCUCCACAGACGAGAUGGAGAUCCGCGAGCGAUGGAAGUACUACAUCUCCAGCUAUGUCCGCGUAGACCCGACCGAGGGCGUGGCGCGUUCGCGCUUGCAGACCUCGGUGCUCAACCGCAACCUGCCCAAGGCCGGCAGCGACCACGACUCGGAGGACGAGGGCGCCCCCAAGCCCCUGGUCUACAACGAGGGCCUGGUCCUGCGCAUCUGCCUCAACUCGUCCAAGAUCGCCUACGAGAAGGGCACCGCGGAGCACUUCAUCUACGGGCAGCCCCGCGAGUCGGAGGACGCCAAGCGCCUCGACGCGCGCCGGCACGACCGGCGCAUGGACCGCUUCCAGGAGAAGUUUGUCAUGAACACGAGCUGGAUGCGCGACAUGCCGGCCGACGGCGUGCAGAAGCGCAAGGAGGCGUUCCAGAAGUGGCUCGACGACGGCGUCCUGCCUACGGAGCAGCAGCAGCAGCAGCAGCGUGGCGCUAGCUCGUCUGCUGCCGCCUCCGCCCCUGCGGCUGCUGUGCCGGCUGGUGGUGCCGAGGACGUGGAGAUGGAGUAG